UUCACCCUCCACCCCUGCGCGUGGGUCCACAGAGCGCUGCUCCCCGCGCCUCCUCCCCAUCCCUGGGCAGCCCGGGCGAGUCCGCUGAGAGGGGUGCGGGGGGCUGCGGCACCGCCCGAGGCCGUCACGUGGCCGGGACGAGGUGGAGCCCAGCUUCAGGGGCGGCUCUUCAUACUCCCUGAUCCUUAGGAUUUGAGUUGCGAUCUUUGUCCGCGCUCCGCUGCUUUCCACACCCGCCCUUCCCACUUUAAUAAACGGGCUAAAAGACGGAUCCAGCGGAGAGGAUUGUUCAGUUCAAGGGAAUGAAGAAUUCAGGAUAAUUUUGUGCAGUGGAUUCCAAUGUGAAGAACAAGUUGCGUAUUUGACUUGUAUUGAGGAAACACACUGUCCAGUUGUCUGAAUUCACCUUCAACAGCCAAACCAAUCAAAAUGAAUUCAACAUUAUCUUCUCAGGUGGAAAACCAUUCAAUCUACUAUAACUUUUCAGAGAAGAAUUCCCAGUUUUUGGCUUUUGAAAAUGAUGAUUGUCAUCUUCCCUUGGCCAUGAUAUUCACAUUAGCUCUUGCUUAUGGAGCUGUCAUCAUUCUUGGGGUCUCUGGAAACCUGGCCUUGAUCAUCAUCAUCUUGAAACAGAAGGAGAUGAGAAAUGUCACCAACAUCUUGAUUGUGAAUCUUUCCUUCUCAGACCUGCUUGUUGCCAUCAUGUGUCUCCCCUUCACAUUUGUCUACACGCUGAUGGACCACUGGGUAUUUGGCGAGGUGAUGUGCAAAUUGAACCCAUUUGUGCAGUGUGUUUCCAUCACUGUGUCCAUUUUCUCUUUGGUCCUCAUUGCUGUGGAACGGCAUCAGCUGAUCAUCAACCCUCGGGGCUGGAGGCCGAGUAAUAGACACGCUUAUGUAGGUAUUGCUGUCAUUUGGUUCCUGGCUGUGGCUUCCUCUCUGCCCUUCCUGAUCUACCAGGUAUUGACUGAUGAGCCCUUCCAGAAUGUGACGCUGGAUGCGUUCAAGGACAAGUACGUCUGCUUUGACAAAUUUCCGUCAGACUCUCAUCGGCUAUCUUAUACCACUCUCCUCUUGGUGCUGCAGUAUUUUGGACCACUUUGUUUUAUAUUUAUUUGCUACUUUAAGAUCUACAUACGCUUAAAAAGAAGAAACAACAUGAUGGACAAAAUGAGAGACAAUAAAUACAGGUCCAGUGAAACCAAAAGAAUCAAUGUCAUGCUGCUGUCCAUCGUGGUGGCCUUUGCAGUCUGCUGGCUGCCUCUCACCAUCUUCAAUACCGUGUUUGAUUGGAAUCAUCAGAUCAUUGCCACAUGUAACCAUAACCUCUUGUUCCUGCUCUGCCACCUCACAGCCAUGAUUUCCACCUGCAUCAACCCCAUCUUUUACGGCUUUCUGAACAAAAACUUCCAGAGAGACCUGCAGUUCUUCUUUAACUUUUGUGAUUUCCGGUCUCGGGACGAUGACUAUGAGGUGAUUGCCAUGUCUACCAUGCACACCGAUGUCUCUAAGACAUCUCUGAAGCAAGCAAGCCCAGUCGCACUGAAAAAGAUCCACAGUGAUGAUAAUGAAAAGAUCUGAACCUGCCUAAGCCUAUGGCCCCAGGUGACACUUGCUUUAGAAAGAACAACCUGCCACAGAUGCUCACUACCUGUUCUCCCAAGGAAUGGAGUUGAAAUCACUUAAGGAAGGCCAUGAUUGUCUUGUGUUGCUUUUUACUGCUUUUGUCAUAGCCACCAUCAUAUUUGGAACCAAACAGAUGGGUUUUGGAAUCUUCUGGCAAUAGUUCUGACCAGACGUCUUUGAAGUGCUUUUUUGUAAACUUAUGCAUAUACUGGAGUUCCCAUUGUGGCUCAUUGGGUUAAGAACCCGACAUCUAGUCCAUGAGGAUUCGAGUUCUAUCCCUGGCCUUGCUUAGUGGGUUAGGGAUCUGGCAUUGCCCCAAGCUUCGGUGUAGGUCAGAGAUUCGGCUCAGAUCCAGUGUUGCCGUGGCUGUGGUGUAGGCCCCAUCUGCAGCUCCAGUUCGAACCCUAGCCCGGGAACUUACAUUUGCCACAAAUGCAUCUGUAAAAAGAGAAAAAAAAAACUUAUGCAUAUGCUAUAAAGGCUCUUAUAUUGUAUUUAUUAGAAUGAAGUUUCUUUAAAGUGUUACUGUCCACUGACUUUAGAGCAGGACCCUGAUGUUCUCCUUUGAUUGGACUGUCGUAACAAGAGAGGAGAUUGUCAGUUGGUCAAGCAGUUCUGGGUAAGAAUAGAUAUCCUAUUUGCCUGUCACAAAGGACAGCCUGCAAGAGCAGCUUUCAGGAUGUGAGCUAUGAAGAGUCUCUGUCCUAUAUCCCUAGUUUGAAGUCAUUUGAAAGUAAUUUGCAUUUAAAAAAAUUUAAGUUUGAAUCUAAUUUGCUUCUUAUUGAUGAUCACUUAAGAUAUGAAAUGCAUUUAAAAAUACUUCUUAACUGUGAAUACUGUGGUGGAAUUGGGCUGCCCACAAUAAUUAAGUGGGAAAAUAGUUCUCUGACUUCACAUUUAUUUUGGACCCUGACAACCAAAGGAUUUCAGAGUAAUUAGUUUAACACAUAAAUUGGUAAUGCUACUGCUAGUUGAAUUAUAUUUCUGUGAGUUAACGGUCAAGAGGCUUUCCAUUCUUCACAGACUGUUCCGUGUUUGUCAAGCUUUUAGCUUAAAUAUACAUGUAAUUGAAAGGCAUUUAAUUCCAGCUUAGAGUAUGUAUAACCGCAAAGUGUAUUUUCCAUACAUCAGUGCCUAUAGAGUAACCCUUUUUUUUUUACUUUCAAUGUCCACCUUUCAAAGGUUCCCAAGGUACAAAGUUGAAGAAUGUCCAGCCUGGCCAGCGGGGGUCAUACUGAAAACAAGAUGUGUCAUGAAGCCCAUGUUAACUUGUGUGAACUGUGUGCCUUGCAGAGCCUUAUCAGUCAUAUCCUGUAGACUGAAUUAUGGUGUCACAUUUGUGUACUUCAUUUCACGUGCCCUGUAACCAUGAUGGGGCUGAGAAUCACAGAGAGGGAAAAGAUUUUAAAGAACAAGACCUGUCUUUGAUGUAUUACACAAAGUAUUAAAUGUGUUUGGUUUUCAAAGGGCAGAUAUUCUCUUUAUUAAAAUUCUUUCUGCUUUUUC